AUGACUCCUCACGAACUUGACACCUCAAGUGUAACAACUGCUUCCACCCCUGAUGAUAUCAAGACACCCGCCUCCACCGGACUCACUUCCUUCCACUUCCAUAUCGACGACAACCCCAUAUCUGGCCCGGAGGGUCCUCAUUUGUUUCGCAUGUCAGAUGGGUCUAUGGACAUCAAGUCAACGGUUGAGAUCGAUCUGAUCUUCGAUGGUGACUCAGACAGCGACACGGGCGUCUCUUACUAUAUACCCGCAUCUCCCUUCGAGCCUGGUCGAAGAGACACGCCUGUUCCAAGCGUACCAAAUCCACGCACACCACUUCAGACCGUGCUCGAAGACCCAUCAGAGCCCGAUAUAACGCAAGUGGCGAGUUGGGAUCCACAAACUGUCGUUGGCUGGUUGCAGAAGCUGAACUUUGAUGAUGGUAUUAUUGAAAAGUUUUUUAUCAAUGAUAUCUCUGGAGAAAUUUUACUGGAGCUUCAGCAACAAGACCUUAAGGAGCUUGACAUUCAAUCUUUUGGCAAACGCCAUCAAUUGAUGGCUUCGAUUCGAAGCCUCCGUAAAAGCUCCCUUUCCAAUGACUCACAGCCAUGCCCUCCCUCGGAGCCCGUCUCACGAGAGCCAACACCUCAUUCCACAACUGCCGAGGUGGGAUAUAGGAGUUGCAAUGCUACCCCAGUGGCCUGCGAAGCGACGUCUCCUCAAACCGAAAACGAAGACUUUCACCUGCGCCGUCAAAGAAGACGCCGCCGUGCAGGUGCUAUUGGCCCAAAUGAUUCGGUUUCCGUUGUUGGCAUCGAGCAGGUAAUCCCUAAGAUUCACAGGUGCUCGAAGGGUGAGGACUGCCGCAAGUGGCAAAAGCAGCACGCUCGAUUCACCCGCAUAUCUCAGGAUAGUCCUAUUGACGCUGUGGCUAGUCCCACGGUCGUUGUCAGCGACCAUGGAAACUCAUGUGCUCGCAACAUUGCUAAACCUCCGAAGUCGGAAGUCACUCCUUCCAUUGUCGCAUCUUCCGAUGCCCUUGGUCAGAACCAAGUAUCUGAGUCACCACUAUCAGAGGGACAGCUUCAUGAAGUUCUGCCACGCGAUCCCCAGGAGAACGUGCGGAAUUUCUUGAACUUCCAACGCCUGAGCCGAUUGCAACCAGUUUCUGAUCCCGCAACUCCCCCAGCCGAGGCUUUCCCUUCUCCUGAUGCAGACUCUCCUGGGUCCCUUGCCGAGAAUCUUCGCAGCCUCCCCAAGCUUCGCAUUCCGAGCACCCAUGGGCCAUCUCCAAGAAGCGCUGGCAAUCUCUCUGGGCAACGCACCAUCACUCCUUCUAUGGUUCGGAGAAGGGCACCUUUUCAGCAUUCUAUUGCUGAGCAAGUCUCGACUUCACACGCUGAUCUCUUCUCUCCUUCUGACUAUUAUCGCCAGGAUCCCCACUAUGGGCAAACGUCUCCCUUUUCUGAGGUGGAUAUUCCUUUAACUGCGAUUCCAUUUGGGCCUGUUGAGCGUCGCUUUUCGCAAUCAGUGCCCCCAGAUAUGCGUUUUGGAAACUAUAUGCAUUACAGAACGAGCCCGAUUGAUCGACCUGAAUCUACCAAGUUCGGCAACCACAGACGCAAGAUCUCCCCGCCCUAUAUGGGCCGUCUUAAUGAGGGUCGGAUGAUGUCUCCUAUAGAGACGCCAGAUGAUUUGGAGCGAACUCCACGUGCUGGUAGUUACCGAAACAAUCCAUUUAGCCCCACUGGUGAAGUCAGCGACGAAAUCAUCCAUAGCGGGUGGAUGAAGAAGCGCAAGACCACUCGUCUUUUGCGCCAUGAAUGGAAUGAACACGCUUUCGCUUUACGGGGCACGCGGCUUGGCAUGUUCACAAGCGAGCAGGCUGCUCAACAAGACUCAAAGGCUCUUGAGUAUAUUGAUAUCGAUGAUUAUGCUGUAGCUUGCUCAUCGCUUGCCUCCAGCUCUAAGUUGACCGCCGCAUUCAAGAAGACUGUUUUGAAGCGCACCGAUAACACCCGUGGAGGAACCGCUUUUUCUUUCUCUCUGAUUCCAUCACCUCCUAGUACAGCCACAUUUGACCGGAAGUCGAUUUUUACCAACGGCCCUAAAUCGCACCACUUUGCUGUCAAAACCCGCGAUGAGCGCAUUGAUUGGAUGCGUGAGCUUAUGCUGGCAAAAGCUCUUCGUCGCGGUCGCGAGAGCGGUGCGAGCCUUAAUGUCAACGGCAAUUUCAUAUAA